CAAAGGGUGCCUGAUUUGUUUUCGGCUUUGCUUUCUCUUUUACUUCGUGUGGUCUUUGUAUCACCUCGGCAUCAUUCUGUUCAAUCUAAUAUUUUCAUAUUUUCAGAAUACUUUGAUUGAUAACAGUGCGACCCCACCUUGUCCAUUUACAUUCUGCAGGCAUAGUAAACAAGGGCUGGAAUAACGGAAUUUUUAAGCCAAUCAAAAAUCCGGACAGUAGAUGUGUUAACCAAUCAAAAUAGAUCUAACUGCAUCCCCGCUGAACGCUCGACUUCACUGGGUGGACUGCACAUUUCUGUUGGAUAGAUUUGAAUCUGCAAUUCAUAGUGUUUUUGAGUCAACAAUCAAGAUAAAGAUGCAGUUCAUGCUGCUGUUCAGUCGGCAGGGUAAGCUGCGGCUGCAGAAGUGGUAUGUUCCCCUGUCGGACAAAGAGAGGAAGAAGAUCUCCAGGGACCUGGUCCAGACCAUUCUAGCCCGUAAGCCCAAGAUGUGUUCCUUCCUGGAGUGGAGGGACCUCAAGAUCGUCUACAAGAGAUACGCCAGCCUGUAUUUCUGCUGUGCGGUGGAAGAUCAAGACAAUGAGCUCAUCACGCUGGAGAUCAUCCACAGAUACGUAGAGCUGCUGGAUAAGUACUUUGGCAGUGUGUGUGAGCUGGACAUCAUCUUUAACUUUGAGAAGGCCUACUUCAUCCUGGAUGAGUUCCUGCUAGGAGGAGAGGCUCAGGAGACCUCCAAGAAGAACGUACUGAAGGCUAUAGAGCAGGCAGACCUGCUGCAGGAGGAUGCCAAAGAAGCUGAAGCCCCACGGAGUGUCCUGGAGGAGAUUGGCCUGACAUAAACUCCCUCCAUCACUGCCCCAACUAUCUCCCUCUCUUUACUCUCUCUCUCUUCACGGGGGGCCCAAACAUCUUGUUCUCGCACCUUUUAAUGUGCUGUAGUGUUGUCUUGUACUAAAACUCUUAUCAUGUUGUUAAUGAUACUUGUGCCAACUGUCUGUUCCUUUUUUUGUUGUUGUGCCUCGUCAAACACUCACCUUUUGAAACCCCUGGGGUAUAUGCAGCCAGUGGCCACAAACUACACCAGUAAUAACUGAAAUCUCACCCACCUUCCUUAAGUCCGUGUUUCUGUGGAACAUGACAUGUCCGUGACGGCCACUUUAACUCCAGUCUCGUCUAGAGAAUUUAAAACAAUUCAAAGUAUAUCAUAAAGAGUUAAGAAACCCCAUUUUUACUUAGAUGGGAUGUUCACAAGUGAAAAGAAAGCAAAACGACGUCAGUAUUUUUAAAGAAGUGUUACAGUUUAAAAGUAUUCAUGUUCAUUCUUUCAUUGUUUUGACCAAAGAACACUGUGUUAUAAUCAGAUGGUUUUGAAGAUAAGUGGUGUUUAGGGGGAAAAUAUGUGCUCUCUCAGGGUUGGGGUCAAUUCUAUUUAAAUUCCUAUCAAUUCAGAAAGUAAACCAAUUUACACUUUUUACUCAUUGAAAAUCAUUGAAGGAAAUGUGCAUUGGAAUAUCAGUGUAUUCCUGAAUUUACAUGGAAUUGACCCAAGCCUUGCUCUGUAUAGCCUGAGUCCCGGAUCUUUGUGCUGUCUUGCUACCUCCUGUGUCGUUCAAUAUGUUCAGUCGGGAAGACAGCACAAACACACCUGGGACUUCUCCCAUUCUGCAUGCUUUAAAAGGCAAGGGAAGAGUAACACUGGGGACUCCUCCCACUCUGCAUGCUUUAAAAGGCAAGGGAAGAGUAACACUGGGGACUCCGCCCACUCUGCAUGCUUUAAAAGGCAAGGGAAGAGUAACACCGGGGACUCCGCCCACUCUGCAUGCUUUAAAAGGCAAGGGAAGAGUAACACCGCCCACUCUGCAUGCUUUAAAAGGCAAGGGAAGAGUAACACUGGGUACUCCGCCCACUCUGCAUGCUUUAAAAGGCAAGGGAAGAGUAACACUGGGGACUCCGCCCACUCUGCAUGCUUUAAAAGGCAAGGGAAGAGUAACACCGGGGACUCCGCCCACUCUGCAUGCUUUAAAAGGCAAGGGAAGAGUAACACUGGGGACUCCGCCCACUCUGCAUGCUUUAAAAGGCAAGGGAAGAGUAACACUGGGUACUCCGCCCACUCUGCAUGCUUUAAAAGGCAAGGGAAGAGUAACACCGGGGACUCCGCCCACUCUGCAUGCUUUAAAAGGCAAGGGAAGAGUAACACUGGGGACUCCGCCCACUCUGCAUGCUUUAAAAGGCAAGGGAAAAGUAACACCGGGGACUCCGCCCACUCUGCAUGCUUUAAAAGACAAGGGAAGAGUAACACUGGGGACUCCGCCCACUCUGCAUGCUUUAAAAGGCAAGGGAAGAGUAACUCCGCCCACUCUGCAUGCUUUAAAAGGCAAGGGAAGAGUAACACCGCCCACUCUGCAUGCUUAAUAAGGCAAGGGAAGAGUAACAUCGCCCACUCUGCAUGCUUUAAAAGGCAAGGGAAGAGUAACACUGGGGACUCCGCCCACUCUGCAUGCUUUAAAAGGCAAGGGAAGAGUAACUCCGCCCACUCUGCAUGCUUUAAAAGGCAAGGGAAGAGUAACUCCGCCCACUCUGCAUGCUUUAAAAGGCAAGGGAAGAGUAACUCCGCCCACUCUGCAUGCUUUAAAAGACAAGGGAAGAGUAACACUAGUGAAAAUGAACAAAAAGGGAUUCUGUUACUAAUCGAACUUCUCUUCGUCACACAAUGUUUUAACUGUCAAUGAAAAUGCAUUUAGGGCACUUGAUUCGUAGCCUGGUUCUGUUCAUGAAGUGAUCGUGAAACUGGAAUAUUCUAGUUGAAUCAUAACAGGCUACUUGUUAUUGAGGAAGGUUGUGACAAUUGAAGCACAAAUCAUGAGGUACUCCCACUAUAUCACUGCCUGUGGUAAGUGCACACGGACAUGACCAGUUAAUGAAUUGUUUACAAAAAACCAUUGGUUAAAGAAGCCUAAAACCUGUUGCAAUUCCCUGUCUACCGUACAGACUGCUCCUUUACCAAUGACCAGAAUGGUGUCCUGUUAAGACAUUUUAAUGUUCUCUUUCAGCUUGUACUGUGUUUGCUCUUUAACUGUGGUGAACAUCCCAAAUGGCACCCUAUUCCCUACAUAGUGCACUACUUUUGGCCAGAGCCUAUGAAGAAGUGCACUAUAUAGGGAAUAGGGCACCAUGUCUUGCUCCUGUGUACAUUAUGAAUCAUUUCAAAGUAUUGCCUUUAUUUUACACAGACUACUGUCACUACUUCAGUUCUCUCAAAUACGGUAAAUCAUUAAAACAAUAAAUGUCUAUGGAUUAGCA